AUGGACGAGGUCAAACUGUACAACUCAUCGGCCGAGCGCGAAGUCUACGAAAACAUGGCUGCGCUCUACGCCAUUGUCAUGUCACUCGAGCACCUAGAACGGGCCUUUGCGCGUGACUCUAUUUCAGCAACCGAAUACACAUCCGAGUGCAGCAAGCUGCUCCUUCAAUACAAGACAGUAUCGCAAAUUGUCAUCGGCCAGCCGGACCUGCACGAAUUUACGCAGAAAUACAAGCUCAAUUGCCCAGCCGCCAUCCGACGUCUGGAAGUUGGAAUUCCAAGCACUAUUGAGCACGGAAACGCAAACAUGUCGGGGAAUAAUGCCAAAUACGUGGCCAAGUCUGUUCAGGAAUUCAUCACCACUAUGGAUGCCUUGAGUAUGCAUAUGACCUCAGUGGAUAAGCUGCACCCACUGUUGACGGAGUUGUUGCAGAGCAUAAAUGCUGCGUCGUUCUUGCCCCAGGAUUAUCGCUGGAAACCUAUUUUCAGAGACUGGCUCAUUAAGCUGAACAAGAUGAAGGCCAGUGACGAACUGGACGAAGACCAGGAGCGCCAGCUCUUGUUUGAGGUUGAACAGGCCUAUGCUGAUUUUAAAAACAUUUUAGAAUCGACAGAAUAG